AUGUCAGCGAGUCCGGUCAGCAUCACGUUUGUCGAUCUGUUCGACGAUAGCUCGGCUCUCUAUGACAAGCUCGAAGAGGCAUUCGGUGCUGGACCGUCCAGCUUGGGCCUGCUCGUCAUAACCCAUUUGCCGCCUGCUUACGGCGCGCAAAGAGACCGGCUUCUGCGGCAGAGCGCUCGUUUCGCAGCCUUGCCCGACAAAGUCAAGGCAAAGUACGAAGAUGCAGCGAGCAGCUACUCGUUCGGCUGGUCGCAUGGCAAGGAGAAGAUGAACGGCAAGCCUGAUCUGCACAAAGGAUCAUUCUACGCCAAUCCAUCCACCGAUCUGCCCAUUGCCCGCUCGGAAGCAAUCACUCGCGCGAACCCGUCAUACUACUCGGCCAAUAUCUGGCCAAGCCAACAAGACUGUCCGAGCUAUGAAACAGAUUUCAAGACACUUUCGAGCUUCAUGCGCGAUAUUGGCAUUCAGCUGGCCAAACGAUGCGAUGAGCUCAUCGACUCUCGCACAACCAAAGGCAAGAUGCGCGCUUCCGAGAUGAUCCAACAUUCGCAAUGCAGCAAAGCGCGAUUAUUGCACUACUUUCCUGUGCCGGGUCAGGAGCUCCGACUCGACGGUAGCACGUCCUCUCCUGCCGCGCCUGCGAUAGCGAGCGAGGAUGAUCUAUGCGGCUGGCACCUUGAUCACUCGAUUUUGACGGUUCUUACGCAAGCCAUGUAUUUGCUUCAUUCGAGCGAUGCGCAGACCCGACCCGAGCCAUUAGCAAUUCCCUCGCCAAAUCCAGAUGCAGGACUGUACAUUCGCACGCAUGCUACAGCCGGAUGCGCUUCACGAGUGCUCAAGGUCAACAUACCACCCGAUAGCGUGGCGAUCCAGCUCGGCGAAGCAAUCCAAGUCAUGAGUCACGGCGAGCUGCUUGGCACGACGCACUGUGUUCGUGCAGGUCAGGUAUCCCACCAAGCGACGGCUGGUAUACGACAUGCCAUCGAACAGAGCGCAGAUCGAUCGCUGUGGCAGACUGUGCAAGGAGCUGUCAUCACGCGAGAGACACUGGCAGUCUUCUUACAGCCUGAUGUCGAUGACCUUCUCACCCACGACCUUUCUUUUGGAGGCUUCACGCAGCAAGUUCUGUCCAGGCAUUACUAG